GGACUUGGAUGUUAGCGGAUUGUUCAGUCGUGUAGGAGAUCACAAGAUUUUAGAUUUUUCUGAGUGUACAUUUCUGUUCGUCCCCUGCAUCAACAGUCCGACAGCCUUGACGGAAACCCACCAAUAGCUGGCCGUUUCACUUAUACUACUAUUUGUUUGUCCAUCCAUCGUGUCACCGUUUAUUUUCCGUUGCAUUUUUUCGAUUUCGCUUCCCAUUGUGGUAUCGCAUUUUCUCACAUAAGAUACAGUUGUCGGUGUAGAUAAUGUUCCUCAUGGAUGCUUCCGUUGAAAGUGGAUCUGUGUUACUGGUUCGUUCUCGAGACAAACCUUAUAUCGAUUCUUUGGUAUUUGAUUAUUUUCCUAAAAAGUUUGCUCCUCAAAGUGGAAGGUCUUUAGUGGGAGUCUGUCAACCAUAUUCUUGUGAAUGUUCAGGCUUCAUUUUCCACAAAUUAAUGCAGUGUGUUUUUCCAAAGGAUUUUAAUGGUCUUCAGUUGAACGGUUACAACACACAUUGUCUUCUCAUUGACUGUGGAGGCCGGUUUAAUGCAUCACAGUUUGAAGAUUUCGUUAAGAGUUACUUGCAAAACAAGAUUUCUGCUUCGGAAUUUAAAGAUGAUCAAUAUAAGCUGUUUAUGAACGAGGCACUAUCCAGAAUCCAUAUUAUUCGUGUAUUUACUGAUUGUGAACUCCUUUUGGCCUUAUAUGUUUCCAGAGAAGUCAUAAAAUCUCAUCCCAUCUCGUUUCUUAUGAUAAGUGCAAUAAAUGCGUUUACUCAUUUGGAACGAUUACGCUGUUCUUGGCGCAGUCUUGUUAAUCAACAUUCGAUUUUGAUGGGUAUCUUACUUCGUUUGAUCGCUGAUUUUCAGCUUCUUUGUAUUGUUACUAUGCGAUAUUUCCCGGGUAUUCACUUAUCUAGAGGAUGUGAUCCCAAUGAUUCUACUAUUCAUGAAGCUUAUGAAAUGAUGCGUCCAAGUCCUUUUCUAGGCACUGAACCAAGACCUGAUGAUUGGUUAAAAUAUAUGACACACAAAGUCGAAUUAUUUGACUGUGAAAAUUCCUUUGUUUCUUACAUAAAGGAUGAGUCCGGUAUGAAAGUAGUAAAGGAUACUAGAGUUACGUAUUCAUAGUCAUUUUGCUUUAAUAAAAAGCUUACUAAUAGUU